AUGUCCUCUCCACCAACCCAAUCGAGCUAUAUCAAUGGGGAAACCCCGAAGGAUUCAACAGCUUCUAUAGGGCCCCAUUUUGAAAACAAUAGUAACAGUGAUACGAUGAACUCUAAAUCGUCAAUGGCACAUUCAGAUAUGACUUCUGUAACUACCCCUUCCAAAAUUGAAAAUAAAAUUGUCACAAUAAGUCGAAACCUAUCAAUGAGCCCUUCAAAAGAAUAUAUGACAUUAACACCAGUUAGACUAAAAGAAUUAGACUCUCCAUUGAAAGGUUUAUCAUUAACAGAUAACCUUACGAGGACUGUUACGACGACCGAUGCAUGCUCUAGAAAUGAAGUUGAAAAAAACAGUGGAGUUAUUCUUUUGCAAGAAAACAAUGGAAUUUAUGUGGAAAAGUUUAAUUUGAUAGGAAGACAAUUACAAACUUUAUUAGAGAACUUGAAUGUUGUUUAUCAAAAGAUUGGUUAUUCAAAUUCAGAAAUCAUCUCAAAGGAAAAAUUAAUAUUCAAUGCUUUAUCAGAAUCAAUAACAACAUUUUAUAUUCAAGCUGAAAAGGAAAUGGAAAAUUUAAAUUAUACUAAUGAUAAACAACAACAAAUGUUAAAUAAAAUAUUGGAAAUUUUACAGGACUCAAGUGGAAUCAAUACAAUCCCAGAUUUAUAUAUUAGAAAUGCCAUUUUGAUACAACAAAGUAAGACUGUCCCAUUAUCUCCCAAGAAACCAUUAUCAUUAUUGAAGAUGCAAAAUUCAUUACAAAAGGCAAGAAAUUAUGUUUUUAAAGAUUAUAUUCCUAAGAUUGUAGAUUUUUUACAGUAUACUUUAAGAUUGAAACGUUACAUUGAAACGAUUCAACAACAUCCCAUUCAUGACAAAAAUAAUAAUAAUAAUAAUAAUAAUAAUAAUAGUGAAAUAGAAUUAUCACUGAUACCCUCUGUGAGCCAAUUGAAUGAAUUGCUUGCGAAAAUUGAAUCAUCGGCAAACGACUAUGAAAUAAUAUCACGAAUAAUUCAAGAGAAUGAUAAGAUUUUUUUGAAAAAUGAUUAUUUUAAAGCCGUUUCACCAACAGUAGUUGAUAAGAUUAAACAAUUAAUAAACUUGUAUGAAAAUGAAUAUAAUUCGAGGCUUACUAAAAUUAUACAGAGAUGUCAUCAUAUUUAUAAACUUAAUAACGAUUUAUGUCAAGAUAUGAAUGAACAGGUGACCAAAUUGACAUCGUCGUACAUGAACAUUAAUGCGGGAAAUAAUGACAAAAAACAAAACAAUUUAUUACUGGUAAAUAAUAAUGUCAUAGAGGAAUUGGAAGUGAUUUUUAAUAGUUACCAAAAAACAUACGAGAAAAGAACAAGGCAAAAGAACCGAUUAUUGAAGGAUUGCCAGUGUCUCUGGACCAAGUUAAAGAUAUCACCUGUGUACAUCGAAAAGUUUAAAAAGGAAAAUUCCAAUAUAUCAGAAACAACUAUAUUAAAUAUCGAAAAUGAAUUAAACAAUUUAGAGUUAAAAAAGCAAAAAAUUAUUAAAAAGUUGAUCCAAGAUUCAUUACAGAGAAUAAAAGAUUUAUCUGAAACGUUACAAAUAUCUUCAGAAUACAUAUUAGAAUUUUCCAAUAAUAUCAAUUCUUUGAUUAUUAAUUCCCAAUCUUUAAAAGAUGAUGAGAUUAUACUAGCAAUGUGUGAAGAUGAGAUUAAGGAUUUAGAAGAGAAAUUAGAAAUAUAUACACCAGUGUUAAAUCUAAUAAAGGAUUUCCAAUCGUUACAACAAGAUAAACUAUUCUUAGAAGAUAGUUCCAAAGAUUCUUCAAGACUAUUAUCAAGAAACUCUCACAAGAUUUUAUUAAAUGAAGAAAAGACAAGGAAAAGAGUUACAAGGCAUUUCCCACGUGUUAUUAAAGAAUUGAAAAUAAAGCUUGAACAAGCUCAACAAAUAUUUGAUAAACCGUUUAUAAUCAAUGGGGAACCUUUAACAGAUGUAAUUGGAAGAGAGGAGAAGGAAUUACUUAAUAGGUAUCCAAGAAGUAGGACAAGCAUUACGAGUUCCCUAACCCAUGCUACUGAGAAUAAACUUCGAAAUACUAAAACAUCACCAUAUAGGAUACAAAAGAGACAUACCUCUGAUCAAGGAGGCACUAUAACCAUUCCACCUAAUGCAGCUAUCAAGAAACAUAAUAGUUCAAUGAAUAAGACACCAACGAGAGGAAACAUGGUAAGUCAGGCUUAUCGUAGCACUAGUGAUGGUGUAAUAUUAUCUACUUCCAAAAGGCAUUUACAAGGUACAGUAUCAUCAUCAAGUCCAAAUAGGAAAAAAAUAACAAAAUUAUUACCACCUACUGUAAUACCGAAAAGAAAUGAAAUAGAUGCUUCAUCUCAUGGUAGAAAUAUGAGCCAAGGAACGAAAAAUCAACAGUUACAAGCGGAAGCAUCUUCGAUGGUAUCUCCUUUAUUAUACUAUAAAUCAUCAGCGACCCGUACGACUAUGCCGACAGCAUCUAUACCAAUCCGUCCUACAAGAUUAUUUCCUAUAUCAUUGAAUCAAAGAUCACAACAACAGCAGCAACAACCACAACAACCACAACCACAAACGCAUAUUCCUGUACUAAGAAAGACCAAAUCCAAUUUAAUAAUAAAUGAAGAGAAACCAAAGGAGUUAAUGCUUAUGGUUGAAGGAUCCAAUAAAGAAAAUUCUAUGGUAUUUGAAGAAAUAAAUGGUGACACUAAACUCAUUACUAAUAGUAAUAGUAACAAUAACAAUACACAAUAUCCUUCUGAAUUAAGUAGUCCCUUUAAAGAAAGAGAGCAUAGUGUUUAUAAAUUAUCGAUGUCACCAGAUGGGAGAUUCAAGUUAAAUAUUCAACAACGAGAUUUAGAAAAUCCAUUUGAAGACACUAGUAUCUUAGAUGAUGAGGAUAGUGAGAUAGAUAAACAUUAUCUUGAUUGGAAAAGUGAACAAAUGAUUAAAUUGGAUGAACUGAAGCAAGGACAACAGCAAGAACGAAUGCUUCCUCAAUGA